AAAUGGAAGCGUCGAGUCGUUGAAAACUCGUCAGGAAAGCAAAUCAGUAUUGAAUCGGUCAAUAAACCAAACGCAUAGAAAAAACCAAUAGCAGAAAUCGCACUAUAGUAUCUGAUAAGAUCGAACACCGCUCUUCAGUCUGGGCCCAGCAUACCGUCGCCAAGCGUAUCGUAUCUAUUUUCGCUAGUCAUGUAACUACUCUGGUUUUUUUCUGCCAUUCUACACCUAGCCCGGCUAGAAAACUGGAAAGGACACAGUUGAUUUGUACUUGUUGCGUAGUGAAUCCGAAUCGGAACCAGCUCUCCCGGGCCGUAGUUCUGAAGUUUAUAAAUUCGCGGUUGGCUGGAGCGCGAGCCCAAAAGGAAACUCAGGUCCGUGUAGUUAAGAUCGAGGCUGCGAUAUCAGUUAGUCUACCAGCUACAACCCUAAUUCAGACCAUUACCGUGAUGAGCCUGGCGAACUCAAGUUAGUGUCGUGGUACCGGACCGCACUAUUCGAGUCAUCACUGUAACUUUCCACCCAUCGGUUGCAAUCUUUUUUCAUCUAUAAUAUAACUCGAAACCAAAAGAUUCUAGAUACUUUUCGUGCGUGAUUUUUUCGCGUGCAUCAAACAUAGCAACAGCGUUGAAUUACUACGAUUCGGACAGCUGAUCAGUCGCAUCAACUGACUCAAAGGAGUCAACCCCCUUCAUUGUUCGUUAUUUCACCAAGUACAGGCAGAUCCAACGUUUCUGGGGAAAUAAUACUAAAGUGAUCGCGCAAUGUUUCUACCAAAGUUCGACGGGAUUCCGACCCGACUCAAUGUGGCUUUGAUGAUUUUUCUAUCAUGUUUCAUUUCAUACAUGAUGCGAGUGAAUCUUUCCAUAAAUAUUAUUGCAAUGGUUCAACAGAAAAGUGACGAUGGUGGAAAUUCAACGGAAAUUAUGGAAGAUUAUGGACCUCGUUACGCAUGGACGAAUAAAGAGCAAAGUAUCCUUCUGGGGUCAUUCUUCUGGGGUUAUCUGAUAUCAUCUCUACCGGGUGGUGUUCUAGCUGAAAGAUUUGGUGGAAAAUCUGUAGUUGGUUACAGUCUUUUUCUCAGUUGCAUCUUAACAGCGUUAACACCACUUGCAGCAUCAAUAAAUUUUUGGGUGAUUUUCUGUUUACGAUUUUUAACCGGAGUACUUGGGGGCGUCCUAUAUCCUGCGAAUCAUUACUUAAUCGCUCGUUGGGCACCGGGAAAUGAAAAAGGAAAAUUUAUUUCUACUCUUAUGGGUGGAACCUUUGGGACAGUCAUAACUUGGCCUCUCUCCGGAUUAAUUGUGGAAGCAUUGGGAUGGAUAUGGGCCUUUUACAUCACGGCUCUGAUAAGUGCUGCAGUGGUUGUACUAUGGUUCUUAUGCGUUACAGAUACGCCUGCAGAACAUAAGUAUAUUAAGCAAAAGGAAGUUGAGUAUAUCAAAGCGAACCUAGGCAACGUUAGUGGAAAUUCAAAGAAAUGGCCUCCAUUCAAAAGUGUCCUGACAUCUAUGCCAUUCUGGGCACUGUUAGUUUUACAUUAUGGAAGUACGUGGGGUCUUCAUUUUUCGCUCACUGCAACUCCGAAAUUCCUGAGCGAGGUUCUCGGUUUCAAUUUAACGAAGGCAGGAUUCCUUUCAAGUGCCCCUCAUUUAGCAAGAAUUCUGCUUGGUUUUGUAUUCGGGACACUAGGAGAUGUAGUACGUCGACGGCAGUUACUCUCUGUAACAAAUAUUCGUAAAACAUUUUGUAUAUUCUCACAUAUACUGCCUGGAGUGUGUCUGAUUUUCCUCGCGUAUGCAGUACGUGAUCCUUAUAUCUGUGUGGGUAUAAUAACCUUAUCGCUUGGCCUGAAUGGAGCAACAACAGUCACAAAUCUUCAAAAUUCUCAAGAUCUUGCCCCAAACUACGCUGGAACUAUUUACGGCUUCAUCAAUUUCGUAGGCGUGACUCCAGGAUUCUUUGCACCGAUAUUGGUUGCCUAUUUUACCGAAGAACAAAAUACUCUUGACGAAUGGCUCAAAGUAUUCCUAGUUGGUGCCGUAAUCUAUAUCGCGCCAGCAAUUCUUUUCGCCAUUUUCGGCAGUGGCGAGGUACAACCUUGGAACGACGACGAACCUGCUUCUAAACCAGAACCAGUAGUGCAACUUGAAGCAAAUAAAAUGCAAACAUCUAAAAACGAAUCAAAAGAUACAAAAUUCUAGAUUGUUCACCUAAUCAAGGAGGAAUGCACAAAUAUGUUCAAUUAAUUAUGAACAAGUUCGCUAAACUAUAGUAUUUUCGAUUAAUUCUAUUAAUAUUAAUUAAUAAAGAUAAGUGUGAAUAUGUAAAUGUACAUUGACGUAAGAUUAGUUGUUGAAUGUGUGAUUGUCUAAUUAAUAGUUUAAUUUAUUGAUUUGAAGUGGAUGACGAUCGAAAACGAUCACAGAACUAAACAAAAAAUCAGGAAAAAAAAUCAAAAGAUGUUUUAUAGGCUCUUUCGUAUUGAUUGUGAACAGUAUCAUAAAAACUAGAUACACAACCUGAAAGAUAAAAGAUGAAAUAAUUUAUGUUAUUUAAAUCUACAGUUUUUUUUCAAUUCAGACAUCAUCGAAAAUUCAGAUUACUAAACACUUUUGUUGUAAUUUUCCUCUAUGUAGUGCCACUCAGAACCAUAGAUUAAUUAUGUAUCUUUGUAUUUUAUACGAACAAUAUUAAGGAACAGUAUUAAAGAUUUAAGUGAU